GCAUCUCUCUCUCUCUCUCUCUCUGUGCAAAACCAGCAGGUUGUGUCAAUUCUAGGGUUUUUGCGUCGAGCAAAUCUGCGAAUUAAAUCCGCAGCCAUUCUUAAGUUCUGUAGUUGAGUUUGCUUUCUUCGUCCUCGCUGUGUCGUUGAUAUAGGACAUCCUGCGCGGUAUGUAAAAGCUUGUUAAACAGCAGGAUGAGCAACGGUGAUUUUGAUGGACAGAUUUUAGCCGAGAAAUUGUCGAAACUCAACAAUUCGCAACAAAGCAUUGAAUCUUUGUCCCGUUGGUGUAUCUCUCACCGGAAGAAGGCAAAACAGAUUGUUGAAACAUGGGAUAAAUUGUUCAACUCUUCUCAGAGAGAGCAGCGCGUUUCUUUUCUGUAUUUGGCUAAUGACAUUUUGCAAAAUAGUAGGCGAAAGGGCAGUGAGUUUGUCAAUGAGUUCUGGAAAGUUCUUCCUUCAGCUCUUAGGCAUGUUUAUGAAAAUGGUGAUGAACAUGGAAAGAAAGCGGUAACCAGACUGGUUGACAUAUGGGAAGAAAGGAAGGUUUUUGGUUCUCGAGGGCGAAGUCUUAAAGAUGAAAUGCUGGGUAAGAAUCCUCCUGUGUCUGUGAGCAAUGGGAAGAGUUCAAUUCCUAUCAAGAUAGUGAAGAGGGAUGCACACUCAGUUAGAAUUAAAUUGGCUGUUGGAGGUCUCCCGGAGAAAAUAUUAACUGCAUUUCAAUCUGUACUUGAUGAGCAUCCUACUGAAGAAGCUGCCUUGAGCAAGUGUGAUGUCACUCUACGUCAUGUGGGUAAAAUUGAGGAAGAUGUUGAAAGUGUCUUAAUACAAGGAAAUCAGCAGGAACUUGUUGUAGUGGACGAGCUGCAAGAUCAGGAAAAUGUGCUUAAACAAUGUGUUGAGCAACUUGAGAGUGCAGAAGCAACUAGGGCUACAUUGAUUUCCCAGCUUAAAGAAGCACUUCAGGACCAAGAAUCAAAGCUGGAACUUAUUCGCACUCAAUUACAUGUUGCUCGGGUGCAGAUUGACCAAGCAAGCAAUAUUAGGAAGAGGCUAACAUCGUUCACUGUUCCUGGCCCCCCUACCACCACCCUGAACCCAACAACAGAGGCAACAAGGGCCGUAGAACAGAAUCUGCUUUCAGUUCAACCAACCAGUAUCCUGCCUCAGCCUUCUUUUACGCAACCUGUGGUUUCUUUUGCACCCCUGAGAACUACUGAAGAAGAGAGCAAGAAAGCAGCAGCUGCUGCUGUUGCUGCUAAGCUUGCAGCCUCUACAUCCUCUGCACAGAUGCUUACCUCUGUUCUUUCAUCCCUUGUUGCAGAAGAAGCUGCCUCCAUGAAUGGUAGUAUAAAUUCAACUGGAUUUAGUUCAGGGCUAUCCAUGUUCUCCCCAGAUAAACGGCCCAAACUCGAGAAACCAAUGCCUGUUUCUGAUGUUACUAGCUCUGAUGUCAGCAGCACAACCUAUUUUACCCCUCUACAACAGCAAUCAAUGACCAACGUGCCCUCUGCACCAUCUGCUAGCGUGCAACCCAUGUCUCAAGCCAACCAGAUGCCAGGUCCCUUUGCUGCUCUACCACCACCACCACCUCCGCCACCACCUUUAUCCCCUGCAACUCAACCAGCGAAUCAAUUUGUCCAAUCUGCCGGUCUGGUUGUGAUGCCUUAUGGGUAUGGAGCAAACAAUCUACCACCUCCACCUCCUCUUCCUCCACAUGUUGCAAUGAGUUUAUCAAGGCCUGCCCCCCAGCAACCAGGACAGCCUCCGCCUCAGCAACAGCAACAGCCAGCCACUGGAGGAUUCUACCGGCCACCGGGUAUCGGGUUCUAUGGGCAAAGCCAUCAGCCAACACCACCCACAGUACCUCGGCAGUGAGUUUCUGUUGAAAGAUUGGGCCAAAGAUAUUUUCUUGGGCUCGUGAGUAGCUGGAUUGUGGGCAAAGGCAUCAUUGCCAAAACCUUGGCUGUGAGUUCCUCUUGGAAUCAUGGAGGCUGGAUUGUGUCUUUGAAGAGGCAUUGUGUUAUUAUGUAAAUUGUUAGAAAUUUAGUGAUGUCUUCUAGACUUAAUCUGAAGUCCUGCACACAUCUCUCCUUUACAUUUCACACCUUCCCAACCCAAUUAGUGGCCAGGGUGUUUUGAUGCCUCCACACCUGCAAAGUAGUUACUUGGUAGUUGAUACUGAUACUUCAGUUGCAGAUGUUCUCGAAAGUACCGACUGCAUUGGCAUUGAGGCUACGAGCAACAAAGAACCUCCUCCAUCGCUGGAGUAUCACUAAUGUUCGUUUUCCCCAAUUGUAUGAGCCUUGUAUAUGGGGUGUGGGGCCUCCACGAAGCUGCUACUAAAUUGACUAAACACUCCUAGCAACCAUUUCAGUCAUCAGAUUUCUUGGAUGCAGCCCCUGGGAAAUGAUCUUCUCAACUUCACUAUGCAUAUGAGAUGGUGCUUUCUCAGUUGGACUGCUCUAAAGGAAGUGACUUGAUUAAAAUGGUAGCUACUGUAAUUAUAAUGCUCAAGUUUGUAUCGGAAAGGAAAAAGAAUUCUGAGCAGAAAAGAUUUGCAUUCAACUUGACAAUAUAGGCCCCAAGAAUAGUGUAAACGGCCAGGAUUAGCAAUAUAGCCACAGGUGUUUUCACUAAAACUUAAACGUAAACCUUGAAUAUUUGAGAUGUCCAUACCUAUUGUGAAA